GCCCACUUUUAGUUUUUUCUUCUUAGUUCUUUCGGUAAAGUCACGUAGAAGGGAAAUAAUAAAGUAAUAAAAUAUAAUAAAAUACAAUUGUACGUGACUUUACCGAAAGAACCAAGAAGAUGAAUCCCUGCAGUCACGAAAGCUUUAAAUCGAUAUUUUUGUUUUGUUUGCAUUUUGACUGCAAGUAUUGUGGUCAAUGCAGACAUGAAUCCUCGUAAAAAAAGGUUUCAGUUUUGUUGUCGGAAAAAAAGGGUAAAAACCCUUUUAUAUUUUUGUACUGGCAAAGGAGGUCUAAUGCUGUUAGUACCUAUUAAGACUGGAAUACCCAAGGGAAUGGUGUGACCAGCACCACGGCCUUUGACCCGGGUGAGUUGUCCUAAGGGAGUCCCAGGACCAGACCACAUUCGCCAUCGAUGUUUACCUCGUGUGUGCUAACCACUCACUACCGCUAUCACAAAGAUAAAGAUCCCCCUAUAGACAUAGCAUACCGUUGGGAAAGCGCUAUUAGUGAGGAUCAAUUAAGGCCAACAUGGUCCACAAAUGAAUUUUUUUAUCCUUGAGAAAUCCGAUGAGCUAUGAAGGUCUUUUUCAUAUGUAUAGUAUGGGCAGGUCAGAAAGUUACAACAGCAAACAAAACGGGACAUGGGUGGGUGGCCGGCAUCAAGCCAUCUGUCUUCCUAAAUGAUGUUUUCACACCAUACCAGGGACGGUAAUACCCUGAUUUACGUCGUUUUGCAAAUACGUCGUCACUUAAUACUGCCUGAUCUGCAUCGCCCCAACCGUAUCCGUCGCCUCGGCCUUCGCUCUCCACCUACCCUGUACAAACUACUUUGCGUAGCGCAUAAAUAAAUGUACUGUAGGGUACAGUAUAUUAUGUAUGCGCAUGUAGUCAUCGACUUACGAACACACGUACUUGACAACCAGCGUCCACGAGAUAUAAAAAAAUAACAUUUGGCUUAACGCGAACUCGCGUUUUAAGUCAAGAAACGUGGAAAUAUUCUGUUCCGAGGAGUGAUCCUCCGAGAGAUGUUAUGAGUCGGCCUCACGCUGGGAGUGAGUGCGAGCGCGUGUGGACUGUGUGUGUGUGUGACUGUGUGUGUGUGUGACUGUGUGUGUGUGUGACUGUGUGUGUGUGACUUGUGUGUGUGUGACUGUGUGCGUCUGUGACGGUGAGUCUGUGGGGAGCGGUAGUGUAGCGGUUAGCGCGCUGCGCUACGAAAGCGGAGACCCGAGUUCGAUUCUUGCUCACGGUCAACACCAGUGACGAUUAUCUGAAUGGGACCUGGGCCUCCCCCAGGUCGACUCAGCCUCAAAUGGGUACCUGAUGCGGUGUAUAAACGACGCCACUGGGGAGGCAUCUGUAGCCGGGCAUGGCGCUGGCCACUCGCCCCCCCCUCGUGUGCCGUCCUGGCCUUCAGCGGCGCUGCUUGCUAACAGCUCUGCCACCAACACCCUGUAAAGACUGGAAGGGGUUCCCGCCCCCCCGUGGCAGCGAAGUGUUUGUGGGGAAACUCCCGCGUGACCUCUACGAGGACGAGCUGGUGCCCGUGCUGGAGAUGGUUGGGCAGCUCUACAAGCUGCGCCUUAUGAUGGCGUUUAGCGGAGAAAACCGCGGCUUCGCGUUCGCCACCUACACGAAUUGCGCUGACGCGGAGACCGCCGUCCGGAAGCUAAAUAAUUGGUAUAUCCGGCCCAGACAUCGCAUCGGAGUCUGCAUCAGCAAAGACAAUUGCUGUAUCUUCAUUAGCGGACUGCCAAAGGACAAGACCAAAGAGGAGGUCUUGAUGGAAAUGUGUUGUGCCACGGAGGGGGUUGUGGAUGUGAAAAUGAGCAGCUAUGCUCAAAGUCAAGGCUACGCAUUGGUCGAGUACCAGAACCAUCGUGCAGCCGCCAUGGCCCGCAGAAGAAUGAUUCCAGUGUCCUUCCAGCUGUGGUGCCACCCCAUCUGUGUGGAAUGGGCCGACCCAGAUUGGGACGUGGCAACGCUGAUGGAUAGGCCAGCGCCUUCCCUGCACGGUCGCCACAUGCUACUGCCUGCCCGCAUGGACCUCCGUGCAUGCGGUGUUCUCUCGCGUAACAACAGCAGUGAUGGCGGUGGAACCAGUGCUGCUGCUUCGGAUGAAGAUUUUGCCCGGUGGCUUUGCAGUGCUGAAGUUCGACUCGCAAAAGGCUGUGAAAAUCACCUGCCAAGUGCUGCACAGGUCCAGUCUGCUCGGGGUACAGGUGGAGGUGCUGUUUGCAACAACUACUCGGGAGAUGUCCCCAGGUUUCCCCAUUGCAUCUCCGACCAGCACUACCGAGCCAGUGAGCUCUGGGGCACGUACACCAAGCCAUAGGGAGACAACCAUCUGAGCCAUCGCCGCGCCUGUGUCCUCAGCACUUCCUCGCGAGGAACCCCGACUUCACAUGUCUUAAAUGACGCCUCCUUUUACACGAGAGCACUUCCUCCCUCACCAAUGCAUUCGUGUUCAUAUGCUAACUCUUGAGUGGCACCAAUCCCCGACUAACCACAAAGCACCCUCUCACACAUUUCCCUCCACGCACAUGCUAAUUUAUUGCCGUGCUCACUUUUCAUUGAGACCUGGGACAUCUCAUCAUGCGUCGAUGGUAGUCAGGAUUUGAUUGUAAUAUGGCUUAAUUUUACCCACUUGUGGUUUUCAGAAUCAUUAAGCUAAAUUGAGAAAACAGUCCUUAGAAUAAGCAUGUUGUACGUUUUACAAAUAGUUUUACAGUUUUCCAAGUUUCACGCACUAGUUAUGUUUGAAAGAACAAAAAUACUUGCAUAGAUGUUAGUAAUUUCAUAAAGACUUACAUGGACAUGUUUCACGUAUUUAAACUUCUGUUAUUUUAAACGAGAAAGAAUAGCUUUUUGUGCAUCAUGUUUUGUUAUCCUCCGUUAUCUUAAAAAAUGUUUACGGAGUUUGUGGGCCAGGAUUGGACAAGGACACAGCACCACCCACCACUUCCACUAGGGCAACCAAACGGCACAGACUUUGAUAUUUUUCAUCACUAUAGCGUCAAACAAUUAUGCAUAUUCAACGCACAAUUUAUACAAUAAAUAACACGCAAUUUAAUACUUGAAUAAAAACAACUUGAUCUGAUUAUUUUUUAUACUCGGGGACACUUCCCAUAUCAAAGCAGGCUACUGUCUAAAACAGCCAACCAGUGGAAGUUAUAUCAUAAGAGUUUAAGUUAAAUGUUUUUUUUUGCUGUAAUUGUUUACACAUUUCAAAAAUAAAGUCUUAAAAUUCUUG